UGUACACUUCGAAAGAGUUGUUUGUUGCGCGCCGCACGCUUGCCGUUAAAUAAAUCGUUAUUUCGUUAUUGAUAUAACUUUUACGUGACCGCUUGUGUAUUAUUUUGGAAAGUAGAGUAAAAAAAUCUCCUCAAAAUGUCUAGUACAUCACAGAAACACAGGAAUUUCGUUGCUGAGCCAAUGGGAGAGAAACCUGUUACUGAAUUAGCAGGCGUCGGUGAAGUUUUGGGAAAACGAUUGGAAGUUGCUGGAUUUGACAAGGCUUACACAGUUCUGGGACAGUUUCUGGUAUUAAAAAAGGACAAAGAACUAUUUCAAGAGUGGUUGAAGGACACAUGCAAUGCAAAUUCUAAGCAAUCAGCGGACUGUUAUCAGUGUUUGAAGGAUUGGUGUGAUGAGUUUUUGUAAAGAACAAUAUCAACUAUUUUAAUAACAUUCUUACAUAAA